AUGCUGCUGCGUCUGCCACCUGGUCUCUACCUCCCCGGGCUCGUUGCUGCUGCUGCUGCUGCUACUGCAUCGGAAUCCUGGUCGCCGCAUCCCAGUCGUCGGUGCUUCUGCUGCUGCUGCCUCUGCCACCUGGUCUCCGCCUCCCACGGCUCACUGCUUUUGCUGCCUCAGCCUCCUGGUUGCCGCAUCCCACUCGUCGGUGCUUCUGCUGCUGCUGCCUCAGCUGCUAGGUCUCCGGGCUCGCUUCUGCUGCUGCUGCUGCCUCUUCCACCUGAUCUCCGCGUCCCAGGGCUCGCUGCUGCUGCUGCCUCGGCCUCCCGGUCACCGCAUCCCAGUCGUCGGUGCUUCUGCUGCUGCUGCCUCAACCACCUGAUUUCUGCCUCCCAGGGCGCGCUGCUGCUGUUGCUGCUGCCUCGGCCUUCCGUUCGCUGCAUCCCAGUCGUCGGUGCUUCUGCUGCUGCUGCCUCAGCCGCCAGGUCUCCGGUUCCCAGUGCUCGCUGCUGCCGCUGCCUCGGCCUCCUGGGCACCGUGUCCCAGUCAUCGGUGCUUCUGCUGCUGCUGCCUCAGGCACCUGGUCUCCGCCUCCCGGGGCUCGCUGCUGCUGCUGCCUCCGCCGCCUGGUCGCCGCCACCAGGUGCUCGCUGCUGUUGCUGCUGCCUCCGUCGCCUGGUCCCCGCUUCCCAGUGCUCGCUGCUGCUGCUGCUGCUGCCUCAGCCUCACGCUCGCUGCAUCCCAGUCUCGUCAGUUUUUCUGCUGCUGCUGCCUCUGCCGCUGGGUCGCCGCAUAGAUGUGCUCGCUGCUGCUGCUGUUGCUGCAGCUGCCUCCGCCUCCUCGUCGCCACCCCCAGUGGUAGGUGCUGCUGCUGCUACUGCCUUUGCCGCCUGGUCGCCGCCACCCAGUGGUCACUGCUGCUGCUGCUGCUGCUGCUGCUGCCUGCACCGCGUGGUCACCGCCUCCUGGUGCUCGCUGUUGCUGCUGCUACAUCCACCCACUGGUCGCCGCCUCCCAGUGGUUGGUGCUCCUGCUACUGCUUUCUCUGCUGCCUGGUCGGCGCCUCCCAGUGCUCGCUGCGGCUGCUGCUACUGUCUCCGUGUCCUGGUCGCCGCCUUCCAGAGGUCAGUACUCUUGCUGCUGCUGCCUUCGCCUCCCGGUCGUUUUCUCCCAGUCGUCAGUGCUUCUGCUGCAACCGCCGCCUGUUCGCCGCCUCCCAGUGCUCCCUGCUCCUCCUGCUGCUGCUGCUCCGGUCUCCCGGUCGGUGCUACUGCAGCUGCUGCCUCCGCUGCCUGGUCGACCUCUCCCAGUGCUCGCUGUUACUGCUGUUACUGCCUUCGCGGCCUGGUCGCCGCCUCCCGGAGGUCAGUAGUGCUGCUGCUGCUGCCUCCGCCGCCCAGUCGCCGCUUCCCAGUGCUCGCUGCUACUGCUGCUGCUGCCUAUACCUCGUGGACGCCGCCUCCCAGUGGUCGGUGCUGCUGCUGCUCCUGCCUUUUUCCCCUGGUCGCAGCCUCCAAGUGCUCACUGCUGCUGCUGCCGCAUUCUCCGCCCCCUGGUUGCCUCCUCCCAGUGCUCGCUGAUGCUGCUGCUGCCUCGGCCUCCUGGCCGCUGCAUCCCAGUCGUCGGUGCUACUGCUGCUGCUGCCUUGGCCUCCCAGUCGCCGCAUCCCAGUCGUCGGUGCUUCUGCUGCUGCUGCCUCAGCUGCCAGGUCUCCAGUUCCCAGUGCGCAUUGCUGCUACUGCCUCGGCAUUCCGGUCACCACAUCCCUGUCGUCGGUGCUUCUGCUGCUGCUGUCUCAAGCACCUGGUCUCCGCCUCCCAGGGCUCACUGCUGCUGCUGCUGCUGCCUCGGCGUCUUGGUCACCGCAUCCCAGUCGUCGGUGCUUCUGCUGCUGCUGCCUCUGCCACCUGGUCAUUGCGUCCCAGGGCUCGCUGCUGCUGCUGCCGCGGCAUCCCGGUCACCGCUUCUCAGUUGUCGGUGCUUCUGCUGCUGCUGCCACUGCCACCUGGCGUCCGCGGCCAAGAGCUCGCUGCUGCUGCUGCCUCGAACUGCCGGGCACCACAUCCCAGUCGUCGGUUCAUCUGCUGCAGCUGCAUCAGCCGCCAGGUAUCCAGUUCCCACUGCUCGCUGCUGCUAUUGCCUCGGCCUCCUGGUCACCACAUCCCAGUCGCCAGUGCAUCUGCUGCUGCUGCUUCAGCCGCCAAGUCUCCAGUUCCCACUGCUCGCUGCUGGUGCUGUCUCGGCUUCCCGGUCACUGCAUCCCAGUCGUUGGUGCUUCUGCUGCUGCUGCCUCAGCCGCCAGGUCUCCGGUUCCCAGGGCUAGCUGCUGCCUUGGCCUCCUGGGCACCGUAUCCCAGUCAUCGGUGCUUCUGCUGCUGCUGCCUCAGGCACCUUGUCUCCGCCUCCCGGGGCUCGCUGCUGCUGCUGCUGUUGCCUCGGCAUCUUGGUCGCCGCAUCCCAGUCGUCGAUGCUUCUUCUGCUGCUGCCUCUGCCAUCUGGUCUCCGCGUCCCAGGGCUCGCUGCUGCUGCUGCCUCGGCAUCCCGGUCACCGCUUCUCAGUCGUCGGUGCUUUUGCUGCUGCUGCCACUGCCACCUGGCCUCCGCGGCCAAGGGCUCGCUGCUGCUGCUGCCUCGGACUCCCGGGCACCACAUCCCAGUCGCUGGUGCAUCUGCUGUAGCUGCAUCAGCCGCCUGGUAUAG